AUGGUUCAAAACUUGACCGAUCAGUUCAAAUCCUCUGAGGGCUCUAACUACUAUGCUUUCAACGAGACCCGAUUUCUGCAGAUUCACAACGAUGCGAAUAUCUGUUAUCAAGGUUUCGAGGGUAAUCAAGACCUUUAUGGGCUAGGUGUCCGAUUAUGCAUAUAUUUGCAAUGGAUCGCCGCGCUAAUCACGAAUAACCUUCUGCCGAAUGCUCAACAGAUUUCUCGGGGUACAUGGCUCAUCUUCUCGAUCGCCAUGUGCAUAAUUGUAUUUGUGGCUAGCUUUACCCACUCAUGCGUUUUCGGCAUCGAGAUGGAGAUCCUGUAUUGGAUAUAUUGGGGCGGAUUCGCCUGCGUCUAUGCCUCAGCGCCGGGCCGGAUAAGGCUUGGAGUGCAAGCAAAUCAGGUUGGUCGGAAUUGGGACAAGGCGAUUCGCUACACUAUGCACACUCUAAUGGCAUCCCACGGCAUUUGGUUUAAUUGGCGGGGUUACGAUCAAGUCUUCGCUCGAAUGCCGUGCGGAACUUACCAAUUCAUUUUCGCCAAGUUUCUAGACCCAAGCACCCCAUACAGCCACGCCAGGGAUGUCUUAUCAAUGUUUAUUGACAUGAUAUCAGCAUUGUUCCUUAACCUCUUCAUGACCACGACCACCAUUGUCGUAGCUGCUGUGGUCACGGUUGGAAUCGAUACUUCAUCAGUCUAUCGUAUGCUCCUUCGCAUUAAAACAGAUCACGCCAUGCAGCAGGGAGGUCAAAGGUUUCAAGAGAGGAAUGAGAACAUAUGCAAUCGAGACGAAAGCGAGCAUCGUGCCGCCGGUGUCCUGACAAGGGUGCGUGAUGGUUUCCUCAAGGUGGCCAGAAUGUAUUAUUACUUUGCGAGUAUGACAGUCACGGAACUUGGACAUAGGUCUGGUGUCAUAGGUCUGAUCACACCACUGGGUGUGCGACACACACGGCUCUACCGCAUUCGUUGCCUCACCGUUUGGCUAGUAAGCUUUUCCAUCUCGGUCACAGCUAUUGAAACUACCCUGGCAUGGAAUCGAGUAACCUCCGUUCACUCACUCACGUCACUGGGCCAGAUGUUAUCCUUCAUCAUAGGAAUAGCAACAGUCAUAUCAGUUCUCUGGGAGCUUUUUGUACGAGGCCUAAAUGGAACACAGGAUGCCAAGCAAAGCAAAACCGCCGUCGAUGACGUGGAGUUGGGCGUAUUGCCACCACCGUCCUCAACCGUUUCUGGUGCAAUCCUCCCUGCCUUUCUUUGGGCCGGUGAGCCAUUCCUAACAAACUCUGGUACAAUUACAGGCCUCAUGACAGAGUUUCAGAACUCCGAUGUAGUGCCAGACAAUGGUCCAUACAUGAUGAGUGGGGGUAAUGGACCGGGAAGACAAUCCAUGGAUACCACUUCGGAAAUAGACUCAUUGACGGAAACAGACUGGGAGACGGCUACUGAGGGGACUGAAGGACAAAGAAAGGGUGACAAUGCAAAACGUGUGGCCGUCACGAAUUUGACAAUUUGA